CUAAAGUAACUUCUGUACCAACAACAGAAGCAACCACUAUCACUGAAUCCACAACACAGGCUAGAACAACUACAGAAUCAACACGAUCGACAACAGCAGAAUCAACUGGAUUAAUAACCACCAUAGCUUCAAACACAACUGAGGAAACUCCAUCCACUACACCUACAACUGUACCACCAACUACAACUUUAAUAUUGGAUGUGACCCCUACCACUGAAUCCACAUCAGUAGAAUCAAUAAUAGCAGAAUCAACUGGAUUAACAAUUACCUUCGCUCUAAGCACAACUACAAUUAAAGGACCAACUACAGAGAAAACUACAUCAACUACACCUACAACUGUGCCACAAACUACAGCAGAAUCACUUGCAUUAACAAGAACCUUACCUCCAAGCACCACAACUGAAGCAUCCAUAAUUACAGAGGAAACUCCUUCAACUGCACUUACAACUUUGUCCCCUACUGCAAGUCAAAAAAUGAAAGUGACCUUGACUACUGAAUCGACAAUGGAGGUUGGAACAACCACAGAGCCAAGAACAGCAGAAGCAACACCAGCAGCAUCAAUAUCUCCAAAGAAAACUCCAUCACCUGGACCUACAACUCUGCCAAAAACAAUGACUCGAAUAAUGGAAGCAAUCACUACAACAGAAUUCACUACACAGGCUACUGUAACUCCACCACCAACUACAACACUGACAAUGGAACUGAGUACUAUGACUGAAUCCACAACACAGGCUACAAUAACCACAAAACCAGCAAAAGCAGAGUCAAAUAUAUUAAGAACCAACAUAGUACCAAGAAUCACAACUGAAUCGCAAACAACUACAAAGCAAUCUCCAUCAACUACACUUACAACUGUGACACAAACUACAAUUCAGACAAUGGAAGCAACCACUAAACCUGAUUUAACAAGACAUCCUCUAAUACCCACAGAAUCACCAACAGGAGAAUCAACUGCAUCUACAAUUAUUCUGGUUAUAAGCACUACACCUGAAGCUUUAACAAAUACAGAGGAAAACCAAACUACACCUACAAUCGUAUCAAAAAAAGAAGUGACCACUACAGUUGAUUCUACACGAGCUACAAUAACAACAGAACCAACAACAACAGAAUCAACUAUAUUAACAACCACCAUAGCACCAAUGACCACAAAUAAAGUAUCAACAACUACAGAGAAAACUCCAUCAACUACAACUGUACUACCAAAUAAAAUAAUAACAGUAGAAGUGAACACUACCACUGAGUCCACAACACAAGCUGCAACAACAUCAGAAAGAGCAAUUACAGGAACAAAAGAAGAGAACAGUAAGUCUGAAUACACAACAGAAUCAACUGAAUCAACUGAAAAAUCAAUUGAAUUAACAACCACUAUAGUUCCAAGCACAACUGAAGAAACUCCAUCAACUACACAUUCAACUGAACCAUCAACUACAACACUGGCAAUAGAAGGGACCACUAUCACUGAAUACACAACACAGGCUACAACAUCCACAGAACCAACAACAACAAAAAUGGAAUCAACUAGUUUAAUGACCACGACAGCUACAACCACUAUAACUGUAGUACCAGCAACUUCAGAGAAAACUCCAUCAAAUACACCUACAACUGUACCACCAACUAAAACACUAGAAGUGUUCACCACCACUGAAUCCAUAACACAGACUCUAACAGCAGCAGGUAGAACAAUUACAACAGAACAAGUGACCAGUAAGACAGAAUUCAUGACAGAAUCAACUGCAGCCACAACUACUCCUACCACCAGCACUGUAAUUGAAGAACACACAACUACAAAAAAACCUCCAACAAUUCCGCCUUCACUUUUAACACCAAACACAAAACAAUCCAGUACCACAGAAUCCACAAAACAGGCUACAACAACCACAGAAUUAACACUAUCAGAAACAACUACUCCAGCCCCCAGCAUUGAAGCUAAAGAACAAACAACUACUAAAGAAACACCAACAACCACAGUGACCACUAUAUUCACAAGACAGCCUACACAAACCACACAACCAAAAGAUUCAACUGUACCAGAAACUAUUUCCACUCCAACCACCACAAUGGAAGUACCAACAGCUACAGAGGAAACUCCAACAAAUACACCUACAAUUGUAACACUAAUGACAACACCAACAACCACAAAAGCUCAGAGAACAUAUAUAACUGUACCUGUACCAUCAGCAAUUAUAAUGACAGGAACAAAAAUAAACACUAUUACUGAGCCCACAACAGCAGUACCAACUACAUCUACAAUUAGUAAAGCUCUGAGCACUACAACUGAAGCACCAACAACUAGACCUUCAACUCCACCAAUGACCAGAUCUGUAUCUACAGCCACUCUUGAGCACACAUGGACAACAAAAACAACAACAGCAGAAUCAACUGAAUCUGAAAUUAUUCUGCUACCAAGGACUACAACUGAAGCACCAAUAACUACAGAGGGGGCACUAACAGCUACACUUGCAAAUGUAACAUCACCAACACAAGCAAAAACAGUUUCUUCAACUCUAUCCCCUUCAAUAGAAACACUAACAACUACAACUUUACCGUCAUUUACAAAACUGACAUGGGAACAUCCCUCUAGCUCUAAAUCUUCAACACAGAGUGCAACACUCACUGAAACAACAAAAGCAAAAACAACAUCAAUAAAUACUCUAGCUCCAAACACAACAACUGAAUCACCAACAAUUACAGAGGAAACACCAUCUACACCAACAACUCUACCACUAAUAACUAAAAAAUCAACACCUGAAGUAAGUGUUGCUACUAUGUCCACAACAUAUCAUACAGCAACCACAGAAACAACAACUGCAUCUACAACCACUCUGGCUCCAAAGAUUACAACUGAAGCAUCUACAACUACAGUGGAUACUCUAAAAACUACACCCACAUACAUAGCACAAAGAACUCUAACAUCAAAAACAGAAUUGACUACUGCAAUUUCAUCCUCUGCUCACCCAGUUGCACUAUCAACGAUAUAUUCAAAUGUUUCACAAACUUCUGUAACUUCAAGUAUUUCAAGUGAAACAGUAAAUGCAGAAUCUACUUUUUCACCUUUUACAGUAGAUCAAGGUAAUAGAAAUUUAACAUCAAAUACAACACAUAUAAUGCUAACUACUACAGGUUUCAGCUCCACAACAUUGGUGCCAGCAACUCCAGUGCCAACUCUAUCAACUACACCUAUAUCACCAGCAUCUACAACACCCAAGGAAGAUUUGACCAUUGCCACUGGUUCCACACAACGGCCUUUCACAAUUGCUAGACAUUCAAAUACAUCUGCUUUGCUAAAUUCACUAAUUAAAAGCACUACAGUUGGUGAAAUAACUCUAACAAAUUCACCUAUUACUGAAAUAAGUACAAUGGAAGCAAAUGCAGCUGAGAACACUGCAAUUUCAACCACAACUGUAACUACAUUAACUGAAGCUGCCACUUCAACCAAUACAUCAACAGCAGAAUCAACAAUCUAUAUGGGUUCUCCCAUCCUUACAACUUAUACAAUACCUCUCUCCAUAAAAGCUGUGGUUCAAACCAGGAUGAUGUUCAACUCUUCCACUCCCAUUCCCAGUGAGACCUUGGUCCAAAACGCAAUCACAGCUCUGUUGAGUUCUCAACUCACAAACAUCAGUGAUUCAAUAAAAGUCCUGAACUUCACCUAUGAGAAAAUUUCAGACAGUUCUUAUGCAGUCAUCUUCACAUUCAGCCUCAGUAACAUCAGUAUGCCAGAGAAACCUGACCUCAGCAACAACAUUGACACCCAAGUGCAGAGUUCCAUUAAUAAUGCUCUAAACACACUUUUGAAUGAACCUGGGCAAGACCGAUUUGAACCAAAGUCUUCUAACUUCACGAAUACAGGAAAACAGAUUGAAGGUUACAUGCAGUACAGUUUCCAAGAUGGAGACACUAAUGCACUGAUCAGCUUCCUCAAUAAGCUCCAGAAAGAAAGCGCAUUUUCUAGGACCAUUUCUCCAUCAACUUCAAGAGACCUGAUGGUGACUUCUGCAGCUGCUCCAAUAGUACAAUCUGGUUCAGCUGUGAUUGAGAUCACACUGGUGUUCAACUCCUUUAGUCCCACUCCCAGUGAGAGUUCGGUCCUCAGUGCCAUCACAUCUCUGUUGAGAUUCACAAAUCUCAGCGAUUCACUUAGUGUGCUGAACUUCACCUAUGAGAGUAUUUCAAACACCUCCUAUGCAGUCAUCUUCACAAUCAACAUCAACAACAUCAGCAUGCCAGAGAACCCUGAACUCAGGAAUGACACGUACACCCAAGUGGAGAACUCCAUCAAUAAUGCGCUAAACAAACUUCUCAAUGCACCUGGUGAAUUACCAUUUGCACCCAAGACCUCCAAUUUCACAAGUACAGGAAAACAGAUUGAAGGUGACAUGGAAUACAGCUUCCAAUAUGGAGAUGGUAAUGUACCAAUGGCUUUUCUCCGUGAGCUCCAGAACCAUAGUGGUUAUUUUACAUCCAUUCCUUCAUCAACUGCAAGAGUUCCAAUGUUGUCUUCUGUAGUGACUCCAAUAAUGAAAUCUGGUUCAGCUGUGGUUCAGAUUAGACUGGUGUUCAACUCCUUUACUCCCAGUCCCAGUGAGAGUUUGGUCCUCAGUACCAUCACAUCUCUGCUGAGUUCUCAAUUCACAAAUCUCAGUGAUUCACUAAGUGUGCUGAACUUCACCUAUGAGAGUAUUUCAGACGCCUCCUAUGCAGUCAUCUUCACAAUCAACAUCAACAACAUUAGCAUGCCAGAGAACCCUGAACUCAGGAAUGACACGUACACCCAAGUGGAGAACUCCAUCAAUAAUGCGCUAAACAAACUUCUCAAUGCACCUGGUGAAUUACCAUUUGCACCCAAGACCUCCAAUUUCACAAGUACAGGAAAACAGAUUGAAGGUGACAUGGAAUACAGCUUCCAAUAUGGAGAUGGUAAUGUACCAAUGGCUUUUCUCCGUGAGCUCCAGAACCAUAGUGGUUAUUUUACAUCCAUUCCUUCAUCAACUGCAACAAUUCCAAUGUUGUCUUCUGCAGUGACUCCAAUAAUGAAAUCUGGUUCAGCUGUGGUUCAGAUUAGACUGGUGUUCAACUCCUUUACUCCCAGUCCCAGUGAGAGUUUGGUCCUCAGUGCCAUCACAUCUCUGCUGAGUUCUCAAUUCACAAAUCUCAGUGAUUCACUAAGUGUGCUGAACUUCACCUAUGAGAGUAUUUCAGACACCUCCUAUGCAGUCAUUUUCACAAUCAACAUCAACAACAUCAGCAUGCCAGAGAACCCUGAACUCAGGAAUGACACGUACACCCAAGUGGAGAACUCCAUCAAUAAUGCGCUAAACAAACUUCUCAAUGCACCUGGUGAAUUACCAUUUGCACCCAAGACCUCCAAUUUCACAAGUACAGGAAAACAGAUUGAAGGUGACAUGGAAUACAUCUUCCAAUAUGGAGAUGGUAAUGUACCAAUGGCUUUUCUCCGUGAGCUCCAGAACCAUAGUGGUUAUUUUACAUCCAUUCCUUCAUCAACUGCAACAGUUCCAAUGUUGCCUUCUGCAGUGACUCCAAUAAUGAAAUCUGGUUCAGCUGUGGUUCAGAUUCGACUGGUGUUCAACUCCUUUACUCCCAGUCCCAGUGAGAGUUUGGUCCUCAGUACCAUCACAUCUCUGCUGAGUUCUCAAUUCACAAAUCUCAGUGAUUCACUAAGUGUGCUGAACUUCACCUAUGAGAGUAUUUCAGACACCUCCUAUGCAGUCAUCUUCACAAUCAACAUCAACAACAUCAGCAUGCCAGAGAACCCUGAACUCAGGAAUGACACGUACACCCAAGUGGAGAACUCCAUCAAUAAUGCGCUAAACAAACUUCUCAAUGCACCUGGUGAAUUACCAUUUGCACCCAAGACCUCCAAUUUCACAAGUACAGGAAAACAGAUUGAAGGUGACAUGGAAUACAGCUUCCAAUAUGGAGAUGGUAAUGUACCAAUGGCUUUUCUCCGUGAGCUCCAGAACCAUAGUGGUUAUUUUACAUCCAUUCCUUCAUCAACUGCAACAGUUCCAAUGUUGUCUUCUGCAGUGACUCCAAUAAUGAAAUCUGGUUCAGCUGUGGUUCAGAUUAGACUGGUGUUCAACUCCUUUACUCCCAGUCCCAGUGAGAGUUUGGUCCUCAGUACCAUCACAUCUCUGCUGAGUUCUCAAUUCACAAAUCUCAGUGAUUCACUAAGUGUGCUGAACUUCACCUAUGAGAGUAUUUCAGACGCCUCCUAUGCAGUCAUCUUCACAAUCAACAUCAACAACAUCAGCAUGCCAGAGAACCCUGAACUCAGGAAUGACACGUACACCCAAGUGGAGAACUCCAUCAAUAAUGCGCUAAACAAACUUCUCAAUGCACCUGGUGAAUUACCAUUUGCACCCAAGACCUCCAAUUUCACAAGUACAGGAAAACAGAUUGAAGGUGACAUGGAAUACAUCUUCCAAUAUGGAGAUGGUAAUGUACCAAUGGCUUUUCUCCGUGAGCUCCAGAACCAUAGUGGUUAUUUUACAUCCAUUCCUUCAUCAACUGCAACAGUUCCAAUGUUGCCUUCUGCAGUGACUCCAAUAAUGAAAUCUGGUUCAGCUGUGGUUCAGAUUAGACUGGUGUUCAACUCCUUUACUCCCAGUCCCAGUGAGAGUUUGGUCCUCAGUGCCAUCACAUCCCUGCUGAGUUCUCAAUUCACAAAUCUCAGUGAUUCACUAAGUUUGCUGAACUUCACCUAUGAGAGUAUUUCAGACGCCUCCUAUGCAGUCAUCUUCGCAAUCAACAUCAACAACAUUAGCAUGCCAGAGAACCCUGAACUCAGGAAUGACACGUACACCCAAGUGGAGAACUCCAUCAAUAAUGCGCUAACCACAUUUCUCAAUGCACCUGGUGCAGUGCCAUUUACACCAACAACCUCCAACUUCACGAGUUCAGAAAAACAAAUUCAAGGCAACAUUGAGUACAGCUUCCAAGAUGGAGAUACUAAUACACCAAUCAACUUCCUCAGUCAACUGAGGAUGAUAUCUGGUUCAGCUGUGGUUCAGCCCAGACUGGUGUUCAACUCCUCAUCUUUUGUUCCCAGUGGGAAUUUGCUCAUUAAUGCUAUCACAUCUCUGCUGAGUACUCGAAUCACAAAUUUCAGUGAUUCAGUAAAUGUACUGAACUUCACUUAUGAAAAUAUUUCAGACACCUCCUAUGCAGUCAUCUUCACAAUCAACAUCAAUAACAUCAGCAUGCCAGAGAACCCUGAACUCAGGAACGACACCUACAAUCAAGUGGAGAGCAUCAUCAAUAAUGUUCUUACCAUAAUCCUGGCUGAUCUGGUAAAUUCUACUUUGAUUCCUCAAAAAACCGACUUCAUGAGCAAAUUUGAUCAAAUUAUUGGGAACAUGCUGUACAAUUUCCAAGGUUUGACACUAUCCCCCACUGUGCAGAGCACUUCAUCGCCACCUCCAAUACUGGGGACUGUGCUGAUUUAUAUCCGUCUAGUGUUUAAGAACUUGACCAACAUACCAAGCGAGUCUGAUGUUAUCAAAGCUGCUAAUGCUCUGCUGGACUCAAGUGUCAGAUUAGCAUGGGAUACUAAAACAGUCAGAGUGUAUAAUCCUGUCAGCGUACAGAAUGUCACCUAUCAGAAAUUUAACAACAACUCAUACAUUAUUAGCUUUGGAUUUGGAAUUAGCAAUGUGAGCUUUGCUGUUAACACUGAACUACAGAAUGAAACAUAUAAUAUAAUCCAAGACACCAUCAAUGGCCUGCUUAACAGAAUUCUGAAUUCUCCAAAUUCUCAACAAUUUACCUUCCCAAGAGCAACCUUUAUGAGUAACUCGACCACGAUUAUGGCUGAUUCAGAAUUUGUUAUUUCAGGAAGUUUUUUCAGCAGUUUUGUACCAAGUGGAUUUCUUGCUCAGAUAUUCUUAGUUAGUGGUGUGAGUUACCCAACCCCCCCAGCACCCACAACCCCUGGGAUUGAGCCCACUAAGGGAGGGUUUCCAAGUUGGGCACUUGCCAUCAUUAUCCCCUGCAGUGCAGCCAUUAUUCUCAUACCAUGCUGGAUUAUACUCUGUUGUCUGCUAUGUGGCUGCUGUGCUGCCUUAAGGAGACGCUACAGUCGAAGAAGAUCCUACAAUGUCCAAUACACAACACGGAAUGGACUCUUUUAAAAACAUACUGAAAGCAAACAUAGUUCCUCCCCAAAAAAAUCCCCCCAAAAAAUUGCUGAAAAAAGUUUGGAAAUAUUUUAUUUGAUAUAAAGAACAGAAUAUCACUUAUAUAAUUAACUGAUUCAUACUUUCCAUUUUAAUUAAUUAUUUCUGUCACAAUAUCAAUACAUUUCUCAAAUCUUCAUAAGCAAAUAUUAUAUGUAAAUGUAUAUUGUACUAAGCUGAA